AUGGUGCUGUCUUCUCCCCUCACUCCACUCCCUUUCCACCAUCACCAGUACCACCCUCACAUUCACCUCCAUCAAAACGCACACUCCAUCACCAAAUUCAACACCUUCUCUUGUCUCCACGGAACCCCACAAACCCAUCACCAUGACCCCCAAGACCUCUCUCUUCGGAACCACAACUCCAAGUCCACCGCCCUCCUCCUCCAGCGCCUCUCCCACCUCCCCAACCCUAACCCUAGCCACCUCCAGCAACACCCAGACCCUCACCCUUCCGGCCACAAAGCCAAGCUCUUGGAACGCACUCUCCUCCGCAAGCGCACUCCUCAGUUCCCUGGCUCCAUCUCCCUCGACUCUUCCUCUCUCACUUCUCUUGAUGAUGAAGACGAUGAGCAUCGGAUGAUAAUGCGGGCCCUGGAUAUUCGCAGGAAGGUCACCGCAGAGAUUUUCAAGGAGUUUAUGAGGACCAAGGGCAAGUUUGGCAUCACCUAUGCCACCAAUUUGGUCGAGACCUUGACCGAAUUCCUUGACUACGUCAUGGUCCAAGCCGCCGCCAUGAAACUCUCGCCGGAGUUCUCCAGCUCCACCUAUAAUUUUCGCGCCAAGACUGUCAUUGAAGAAUCUGAAGUUGUGCCCUGUAUCAGGUGGUUGAAGCACAAUUCACUCUCAUAUCCCCAAAUUGGGAAGCUCAUUUGCUUGUCAAAGGGAAAUAUCGGCUCAAUUAGACGGCUUGCUCUGUGGUUGAAGUCAAUUCAUGUUAAGGGGAGAUUUAUUGGGGUGGCACUUGUGAAGGCGGGAGAUCAUUUUUUGGAGCGCAGCAAUGAAGAAUUGGAUGAGAUUGUUGAUUUAGACGAAGUGAAAACUCGUGCCGGGUUUUACUUGGAUAUGGGUAUCAAUGACAAGGAUUUUGGCACCAUGGUCUUUGAUUAUCCCCGGGUACUUGGCUACUAUACUCUGGAUGAGAUGAACCAAAAGGUUGACUAUUUGAAGGAAUUUGGUCUUAGUGCCGAGGAUGUUGGAAAAUUGCUAGCAUUUAGGCCACAGCUGAUGGGUUGUAGCAUUGAGGAAAGAUGGAAGCCUCUAGUUAAGUAUUUGUAUUACCAUGGCAUAACUCGGGAUGGUAUGAGGAGAAUGCUUGUCAUAAAACCGAUGGUUUUCUGUGUUGAUUUGGACAAAACCAUUGUGCCAAAGGUAAAGUUUUUUCAGGACAUAGGCAUUCACGAUGAUGCGAUAGGCAAAAUGCUUGUAAAGUUUCCUCCAUUGCUAACAUACAGCCUCUACAAGAAAAUCCGGCCAGUGGUCAUAUUCUUGAUGACCAAAGCUGGAGUUAGUGAGAGGGAUAUUGGAAAGGUAAUAGCUUUGGGACCAGAGCUCUUGGGAUGCAGCAUUGUGAAUAAGCUUGAGGUUAAUGUGAAAUAUUUUCUAUCCCUUGGCAUUCAUCUUAGAGUUUUGGGUGAGAUGAUUGCUGAUUUUCCCAUGCUGCUCCGGUACAAUAUAGAUGUUCUCCGUCCAAAGUACCGUUACUUGAGGAGAACUAUGGUCCGCCCUUUGCAAGAUCUCAUUGAGUUUCCAAGGUUUUUCAGCUACUCUCUUGAGGGCAGAAUUAUUCCAAGGCACAAGGUUCUGAUAGAGAAUUGCAUUAAUUUAAAACUACGCUACAUGCUGGCUAGCACAGAUGAAGAGUUUGAGGAGAGGGUCAAGGCUAUAGUGGAAAGGCGCAAAAGAUUUGAAUCUGGUGUCACGUGUGAGGAUGUUUCUAAUUCCCAAACAGGUGAUGACGAUGAAUUUCCUGUGAAGGGAGCUAUGCUUGAUGAAAGUGAGAGUGAGGUAGAAUUAACUAUGUUUGAUGAGGGUGAAAGUGAGGCAGAAUCAACCAUGCUUGAUGACAGUGAUAGUGAGGCAGAAUUAUAA